AUGGGCGAGGACGCUGAGAGCCCCAAAAUCAACCACACCUUCCUGAGAGACUACGUCACUGAAGCUGAUGUCAUCUCUACGGUGGAGUUUAACCAGACAGGGGACCUGCUGGCCACUGGGGAUAAAGGUGGCCGAGUGGUCAUCUUCCAGAGAGAGACUGAGUCUAAAGGGGAGUCAGAGGAGGUGGGGGAGACUGGGGACUCUGGGGAGUACAAUGUCUACAGCACGUUCCAGAGCCAUGAACCAGAUUUUGACUACCUGAAGAGUCUGGAGAUUGAAGAGAAAAUCAACAAGAUCAGAUGGCUGCCACAACAGAAUGCUGCACAUUUUCUCCUCUCCACCAAUGAUAAGACCAUUAAACUGUGGAAGGUGAGUGAGAGAGACAAGAGACCAGAGGGAUACAACCUGAAAGAUGAGGAGGGACGGCUCAAGGACAUAUCUACCAUCACCUCUCUGCAGGUACCGGUGCUGAAACCCACAGAUCUGAUGGUGGAGGUCCGUCCCAGACGAGUGUUUGCUAAUGGCCAUACCUACCAUGUCAACUCCAUCUCAGUCAACAGCGACGGGGAGACCUACCUGUCCGCUGAUGACCUCCGCAUCAAUAUGUGGCACUUGGGCAUCACAGACCGCAGCUUCAACAUUGUGGACAUAAAGCCAGCCAACAUGGAGGACCUGACGGAGGUGAUAACAGCAGCAGAGUUCCACCCUCAGCACUGCCAUGUGUUUGUGUACAGCAGCAGCAAGGGCACCCUGCGCCUCUGUGAUAUGAGAGCCUCUGCACUCUGUGACAAACACACCAAAUCAUUUGAGGAACCUGAGGAUCCCGGCAGCCGAUCCUUCUUCUCAGAGAUAAUUUCCUCUGUGUCGGAUGUCAAGUUCAGCCACAGUGGACGCUACCUGCUGACUAGAGACUACCUCACCGCCAAGGUGUGGGAUCUGAACAUGGACAAGGGCCCCGUGGAGACGUACCAGGUCCAUGAGUACCUAAGGAGCAAGCUGUGUUCCCUCUAUGAAAAUGACUGCAUCUUUGACAAGUUUGAGUGUGUUUGGAACAGCUCAGACAGUGUGAUCAUGACAGGGGCGUACAACAGCUUCUUUCGGAUGUUCGACAGGGAGACGGGGCGAGGUGUAACGCUGGAGGCGUGGCGGGAGAGCAGCAAGCCUCGGGCUGUGCUGCGGACCCGCCGUGUGUACACUGGUGGCAAACGUCGCCGUGGAGAUGUGGGCGUAGAUAGCUUGGACUUUACCAAGAAAAUCCUGCACAUGGCUUGGCACCCAUCUGAGAAUAUCAUUGCCAUAGCAGCCACUAACAACUUGUACAUCUUCCAGGAUCGAGUCAACCCUGAGACGCAGGCCCAGUGA